ACUCUCACUCUCUCUCUUCUUACUCAUCAGUGACCCAAACUUUAAUGCUGCUUGCUUCCCUUCCCUUCCACUGUUGCCCCCCUUCUCCCUCCCCCCAAUCCCACCAUUGCCGCGGCGGCCGGCAUCUGCCCAUCCCAUGUCCAUCUCCGCGCCGGCGCAGCGAAGCUCCUGAGUGACCGCGAGCUGGAGGAGGAGGAAGAGCGAGAGGCGGGGAGGGGCCAGUGGCAGCGUGUGGUGCCGUCAGUAGUUCAGUAAAACACCAAUCCAAGAACCCUAGAGGUGACUACCGAGGGCUUCUCGCCAACCUUUUCGCCCCAGAGGUGCCCACAAAUAAAGAUGCCGACGGCCGAAAGCCUACGCGCAGAGCUAUCAUCCAAGACGCCGCCUUUUGGCCUGAGGCUGUGGAUAGUGAUUGGCAUUAGUAUUUGGGUGGUAAUCUUGUGUAUACUAGGCUUCAUGUGCUUCUGGUCCAUAUACCGAAGGAAGCCAAAGAAGUCAGUUGAUAAGAUCCCAGUAUCUCAAAUCCCUGAUGUAUCCAAGGAGAUUGCAGUAGAUGAAGUGCGCCAGCAUGCUGUUGUCGAAAACUAUCAAGUACAAGAAAGCCAUGCGUUGACGGUGCAGGAGAAAUCUCAAGAUAAAGAUUCCGGCAAAAUGCUGGGACACUUGGUUAGGACAAAAUCAAGUGAUGCUGAUAAUUUGAGCCAAUGCAGCUCAGUCUACCAAUGUGAUAGGGCUGGUAGUUCAUAUUCUGGGGAUGAGGGUAGCUCAGGCAAUGCUAGGAGGCAAUAUUCUCAAUAUGCAACUGUCUCCGCAUCUCCUCUGGUUGGUCUCCCGGAAUUUUCACACCUCGGUUGGGGCCAUUGGUUUACUCUGAGGGAUUUGGAGCAUUCAACGAAUCGCUUUUCUAAGGAGAAUAUCAUUGGAGAGGGUGGAUAUGGGGUCGUUUACCGUGGCCGACUCAUUAAUGGGACUGAUGUUGCAAUAAAAAAGCUUCUUAAUAACAUGGGGCAGGCAGAAAAGGAGUUCAGGGUUGAAGUUGAGGCUAUUGGCCAUGUCAGGCAUAAAAAUCUUGUCCGCCUUCUGGGAUAUUGCGUUGAGGGAAUCCACAGGAUGCUUGUGUAUGAGUAUGUGAAUAACGGAAACUUAGAACAGUGGAUCCACGGCGCCAUGCGGCAACAUGGUGUUCUUACUUGGGAAGCUCGUAUGAAAAUCAUUCUUGGAAUUGCUAAGGCGCUUGCUUAUCUACAUGAAGCCAUAGAACCAAAAGUUGUGCAUCGUGAUAUCAAAUCAAGCAAUAUCCUAAUUGACGAAGAUUUCAAUGGGAAGCUUUCUGAUUUUGGACUGGCCAAGCUAUUGGGUGCAGGGAAGAGCCAUGUCACUACUCGAGUUAUGGGAACUUUUGGAUAUGUGGCCCCUGAAUAUGCCAACACAGGUCUGUUAAACGAGAAGAGUGAUGUGUACAGUUUUGGGGUGCUUCUACUGGAAGCAGUGACUGGGAGGGAUCCUGUUGAUAAUAGUCGUCCAGAUACUGAGGUGCAUCUAGUGGAGUGGCUGAAAAGUAUGGUUGGCUCGAGAAGAGCCGAGGAGGUGGUGGACCCUGACAUGGAGGUAAAACCAACCAUACGGGCCCUCAAGCGUGCUCUUCUAGUGGCGCUGAGGUGCGUCGACCCGCAUUCAGAGAAGAGACCCACGAUGGGUCACGUUGUUCGGAUGCUCGAGGCGGAAGACGUCCCGUCGCGGGAGGACCGGAGGAGCCGGAGGGGCCAUGGUGGCAACACGGACACCGAGUCCAAGGCGAGCUCGAGCGAGUUCGAGCCCCAGCAUCAGCAGCAGGCCCCGCCGCCGCCGCCUCCUGUGAUGGGCCCUACGGAGCUGAUCGGGCUGUGCCGUGAGGGCCGCGUGAAGGAGGCGGUGGAGCUGCUGGCCGGAGGGGCGCGCGCCGACGCGCCGUCCUUCUACGAGCUCGCCGCCGCCUGCUCCAACCCCAAGCUGCUCGAGGAGCUCCGCAAGGUGCACGACUUCCUCCUCCGCUCGCCCUUCCGCGCCGACCUCCAGGUCAACAACAAGGUGCUCGAGAUGUACGGCAAGUGCGGCAACAUGACCCACGCACGCAGGACGUUCGACCACAUGCCCGACCGGGACAUGGCCUCCUGGCACAUCAUGAUCGAUGGGUACACGGCCAAUGGGCUCGGGGACGACGCGCUGCAGCUCUUCGAGGAGAUGAAGCGGUGCGGCAUCGCGCCCGACGGCCGCACGUUUGCGCUGGUGCUCGAUGCGUGCGCCAACUCGGACGCCAUCGAGGAGGCGCUGCUUUACUUCGAAGCCAUGUCCAGGGACCAUGGCAUCGAGCCUGGUGAGGAGCACUAUGUUGGGAUCAUCGAAGUCCUCGGCAAGUCGGGGCAUCUCAACGAGGCUGUGGAGUACAUUGAGAAGCUGCCGUUUGAGCCUACCGCAGUGGUUUGGGAAUCACUCUUGAACCUGGCACGGAUGAAUGGUGACAUCGACCUUGAGGACCGGGCAGAGGAGUUGCUGGUCUCGCUCGAUCCAUCCAGAGUCAAUCCUAAGAAGCUGCCAACUCCUCCUCCCAAGAGGCGCCUUGGGAUUAACAUGCUUGAUGGGAGGAACAAGCUGGGGGAGUAUAGGCUGCCUCCCAAGAUUGAAAAGAAGGUGGUGACCGAGCAGCGGUAUGUCCCAGACACAAGGUAUGUCCUCCAUGACAUUGAUCAGGAGGCGAAGGAGCAGGCGUUGAUGUACCACAGCGAGAGGCUGGCAAUUGCCUAUGGCUUGAUCAGCACCCCGGCAAGGACUCCGCUUCGCAUCAUCAAGAACCUCAGGAUUUGCGGAGACUGCCACAAUGCCAUCAAGAUCAUGUCAAGGAUUGUCGGAAGGGAGCUCAUCGUGAGGGACAAUAAGCGGUUCCACCAUUUCAAGGGCGGGGCGUGCUCUUGUGGCGAUUAUUGGUGAACAUGGUUUUGUUCAAGUGAGUCCUAUUAUCUGAAGUGUGGUGUCUUAUUGAACUCAUGUUCCUCGUUAGGACUGCUGCUGUCCUAUAUGAAUAUGUAUGUUGACAGCUAUGCUUUUAGUGCAUAAACAAUAUCAAGAUAUCUGUUGCUACUGGUAGCAAUAAGACUGUCGAUCCCCUCCUGAUAGCUAUAUGUUAAGGUCCUUAAUUUCUAGCUGCCAUAUCUCUGUUUGCACUAAAAAGAGCUAUCACUUCUUGAUGCACAGAUUAAUCCAUAUAUUCCUUCUUGGGGUGUGGA